GACGCACGGAAACAAAGACCAUCCUCCAUCCUGGUGCCAGUGUUGGUAUCCAGUAACAGUUAUCUGCAUACUUUUACCGGAUACCUUGCAAGCGUGGCAAAGUAAAGUCGUCGUCGUCGCCAGCUGACUCGACCCUAGCGGCGACAAGUCAUCAGCGAGCGUUUCCGUCACUGUCUAGAUUUGCUUGUCAUCGGGGAAAGCUAGCAGUGACUCGCGCAGGGUCCGACUCCGAGUACGGACUGUUUCCGGUGCAGCGGCGGAGGCACGGAAUCAGCGAUCUUACGUUGCCCGACGGCAGUGUUGGCUGCCGGGUUGGCUUGUCCAUGGUACGUGCCGCCUGGAUCUCGUCUUCGCGUUCCUAGUGAAACCCGGCCGACGCAGUCCGAAGCACAACGCAAGGACAAGGACGAGGAGCCAUGGCGAAUGCCACAGCUACAACAAUAAUGGCGACGAGUACUGCUGCAGCGUCUAUCACUACACGCGGCAGUAGCACUACUACCAACAUGGUGAUGAGUACAGCAAGCAGCAGCAGCAGCAGCAGCAGCAGCAGCAGUAGCAUGACCAGUGCUGCCACGUCCACAACAAACACGGGCAGCAGCGGCAUUCUGAGCAGCAUUACGGCGGGAAUCACAAGCGCCAUCACUAGUGCUGGCAACGUGGUCACUGGCAUCAGCUCUGUCGCCACCAGCACCAGCAGCAGCACCAGUGCUACAUCAGACAGCCCUGGCAUCACGUCGUCAUCACCACUGCCAAGCAUGAGCAGCCUUGCCAGCUCAGCCAGUACUACUACUACUACUACUACUACCGGCGGUGGCGGUAACGGCAGUGACACUGCUAACAUCACUAGUCCUACCAGUGUAGCGUCCACCGUCACAAGUACACUGAUGGGCGGCGUCACAACCGCAGUCAAUCCCACUAGCAGCAGUGCUGCGGGCAGGGUCGACGACACCACAACCAUUGUUCUCGGCACUGUUCUUGGCUUAUUCCUGUUCACCACCGUAGCAGUCAUACUCAUUCUAUGGGCAAGGCGACUUCAGAUGCGUGAAGAUGAAGAGGUUUACGGCGAUGACCGGGACUUCUCCAAGAUGCACGUUGAGCCCAAGUUCACCUUUCACAACCCUGCUGCGGACUAUGAAGACGAUGACGAGUUAGUGGUGAGAGACUCAACAACAGCCGAUGCCACGGUUGCAUCCGCCAUCACCGCUAUGUCGACGCUGGAACGGGAUAAAAACCGGUCAGACACAUCGAGAAGUGAGCGAUCCCAGACAAAAGCAUCAAUUGCUGAUCAUGACGUUGUGGUGGGCUCUAUGAAGGAUUUAGAACCAAUACCAAGUACUUCGGUUACGGUGCAGCCCCUAUACGAACAAUCAGCAGAGACAGCGUUUCGUGCUGAUGAUUCUGCAUUCCAAGGCGACGCUGCAGCAGCACCUGAAACCACUCAGCGAGGACACACAGAUGAAGAAGGCCAGAGUGAUGUUGCUGCGAUCAACAAGACUCCAUCGCCGGGAAUUCAGCGAGGCGGGCCUCGCGGUGCCACCGUAGCUGUGGUGCGUGUGAAUGCGGAAAACGAGUUUGAGGAUGCCGUGCGUCUGGCCCGUAAGCCCCCGCAAUCCAUGAAGGUGCGCUCCACGUUCGGCGACAACGAGGAAAUGCCGCUGGCAAUUGACUUUGAGCAGGUGCUGGCCCGCUCCACGCCAGAGCGUUCCGACACCGAGCCGGCCGGCCGGGACACCAUCAGCAGGGCCAAGUCACCCAAGGACAGGGACAGCGGUUCCUGUACCCCUGUGUCCGCGCGUCAGGAGAUGACAGACAGGCGUGCUAGCUUGACGCCAUCGCUGCAGGUAACAUUGUGCGCGGAUGACGCCGACGCACUGCCGGGUAAUAGACUUCGAACGGAAAGUGUCACAGAGGAAGGCGAUACUAUUGUAUAUCCGCUUGGUCAACCGCCACCCAAACGACCCAUAACCCCCAAACCUAACCGCCAGCUUCGCCCCACCUCAACGACAUCUAUUGGGUCCACAAACAGCGCAGGGUACAAUAGCACAACUAAUUCACGUCCCAAUUCUAUGACAGAGUAGACAACUGUUCUAUGACAGAGUAGACAAAGUGCUUGCUGAACAGUUACUAGAUGCAUGCCGAGCGUUUUGUCUCGGUCUUCUCUACUAGUCACCAUUCCUGAGGGAAAUUGAUGAAUGUAGCUAUAGCAAGGACUCAGUAAUUGCAUUUCCUAAAUGUCUACAUGUAUGCUUACAGUGAAAUUAGUCGUCCUUGUUGCUAUAGCUAUAUUAACUAUAACUGCUGUCUCAGAAACGCUUGUUUACUUAAAAUUGAUGAACUUGAAAUAUCUAGCCCGCAUCAGCACCGGCAUUCUGUGCUUUUAAAUCAUUUUAACCAUUCUCUUUCUGCUCAAGCACCUUAUGCAUGCGCCGGGAGAAGUCUCCCUCCUUGCUUGGGUGAAUUCAAUGACUCAGGGAUGAUUGGAUGACAGUUCCAGUAAUUCAAUAGCUCUGCAUAGAAUAGCCUACGGUUGCUGAUCAUGAGAAACCAGUUUGACGUCAGUGACAAGGAGUGUAGCCGGGUAUUGUUGGAAAUAAUUCCUGAGAGUCGCUUUGUGUGAAUCUCAAUCUUUCUGAUUUCUAUACAAUCAUGUUCUCUAUGGUGUUGG